GUGUGCCUGCGCGCCUGCACGUUCUGGUGUGUGUGUGUGCAUGUGUGUGUUUGAGUGUGUGUAUGAAUGUGCGACUGCCUUUACCCAAUACAAUUCUCAAGGAUGAGUGGACCUGUCAUUAAAACACCUGGGAGCAAUGUGGAGAUCGAGGCUCGCCACGCAGACCUCUCGUCAUCGGGCACGGGCACCACGGGCCCCUACUCCUCCUCCCCCUCGGACAGCCCUCGCAGCCAGCAGGCCCCCAGCUACGUGCACGUGGUCCCCGAGCGCUUCGCCGACAGCCCCGUCCCCAUCCCCAUCCCCAUCCCCGGCGCCGGCCCCAGUAGCCUCCCUUGCUCCGGCCCCCGGGGGUCCUUCGUGGGUGUGGUGGCCCCCCCCAGCCCGGCCAGCCUCGCCUGGGCCCAGCGCACCCGACACCAGCCUGCCAGCCUAGCACUCCGCAAGCAGGAGGAGGAGGACAACAAGAAAUGCAAAGCCCUGUCCGACAGCUAUGAGCUGUCCACCGACCUCCAGGAUAAAAAGGUGGAGAUGCUGGAGAGGAAGUAUGGCGGCUACUUCCUGAGUCGGCGUGCCGCGCGCACCAUACAGACGGCGUUCCGCCAGUACCGGAUGAACAAAAACUUUCAGCGGCUGCGUAGCUCCGCCUCCGAGAGCCGCAUGACGCGUCGCAUCAUCCUGUCCAACAUGCGCAUGCAGUACUCCUUUGACGAGCGGCCGCCGCCCACGCACACGGGCAGCAGCCCCGACCUGGAGCCCCCUAGCCCCCCCGCGGGCCACCACGCACACCCCCUCGCCACGGGACGCACCGCAGGGGACUACACACACCUGGAGGACACCUUCUCUAAACAGGUCAAGUCUCUAGCUGACUCCAUAGAUGACGCGUUGACGUGUCGCGGCGGCCGCGAGGACUCCCAGGACGGCAGCGGUGAGGUGGGCGGCGGCAACAGCAGCAGCGCGGCCGAGGACUACGGCGAGUGCAUCUGGAGCAACACCAGCAGCCAGCCCUCCGCCUCCCCCUCGCCCUCCUCACGCCGCGGGGGCGUACUGGUCGGCGACCGCGAGAGAGGCGGAGGGGGCGGCGGCCUCAGCAUGCACGAGGACAGCACGGCCACCUCCUACAGCGACGUGACGCUCUACAUGGACGACGGCAUGCCGUCUUCGCCGCUCUCGCUCGACCGCGCGCCCAGCAGCACCGACACGGAGUUCUGGGGCAUGGGGGGCAGCGGCGGCAUCGGGGGCGGGCGCGAGGAUAGCCGGGAUACGGAGGCCGGUAGUAGUAACAGCAGACGCAGCACCCCGUGCACCGAGUGUCGAGACUAUCGGCUCCGCGGGCCGCACCUGCCCGUGCUGACCAUCGAGCCGCCCAGCGACAGCUCCGUGGACAUGAGCGACCGCUCGGACCGCGGCUCGCUCACCAGGCAGAUGGUGUACGACCAGGACAGUGGGGGCUCGCCGCAGGGCACGCUGAAGCACAACGCCAGCGCCCAGCGCUCCGUGAUGACGUCAUCAUCCUGCGCCGCCGCCCAGGGCCAGACGCGCCCCGCCGCCCGGCCCAUACCCACGCAGAUCCCCCCCCACCACAUGGCGCACCACCAUCACCACCACCACCACCACCACUACCCCGACACGCCUUCCUCCUCCUCCUCCCCCCAGCAGCACCCGCCCGCCACCCCGCUCUCCUCCUCCUCCUCGGCCCCUCUCGCCCCCGGCAGCCUGGAGCAGCCGUGCUGCUCGGACGGGGACAACGACUCGCUCAACUCCACCACCAACUCCAACGAGACCAUCAACUGCAGCUCGGGCUCGUCGUCGCGGGACAGCCUGCGCGAGCCGCUGCCGUCGCUGGGGAAACAGACGUACCAGCGCGAGAGCCGCCACAGCUGGGACUCGCCCGCCUUCAACAACGACGUGGUGCAGAGGAGACAGUACCGCAUCGGGCUCAACCUCUUCAACAAGAAGCCAGAGAAGGGCAUCCAGUACCUGAUCGAGCGCGGCUUCGUGUCGGACACGCCGGUGGGCAUCGCCCGCUUCAUCCUGGAGAGGAAGGGCCUGAGCCGACAGAUGAUCGGCGAGUUCCUCGGCAACCGCCAGAAGCAGUUCAACAAGGACGUGCUGGACUGUGUGGUGGAUGAGAUGGACUUCUCUGGUAUGGACCUGGAUGACGCUCUGAGGAAGUUCCAGGCACAGAUCAGAGUGCAAGGAGAGGCCCAGAAAGUGGAGAGACUCAUCGAGGCAUUCAGCCAGAGGUACUGUGUGUGUAACCCAGCUCUGGUCCGUCAGUUCCGGAACCCAGACACCAUCUUCAUCCUGGCGUUUGCCAUCAUCCUCCUCAACACGGACAUGUACAGCCCCAACAUCAAGCCCGAGAGGAAGAUGAAGCUGGACGACUUCAUCAAGAACCUCAGAGGUGUGGAUAAUGGGCAGGACAUCCCCAGGGACCUGCUGGUGGGCAUCUACCAGCGCAUCCAGAAGUGGGAGCUGAGGACCAACGACGACCACGUGUCCCAGGUCCAGGCAGUGGAGAGGGUGGUGGUGGGAAAGAAGCCGGUCCUCUCGCUGCCGCAUCGCAGGUUGGUGUGCUGCUGUCAGCUGUUCGAGGUGCCGGACCCCAGCCGGCCCCAGAGGACUGCAGUCCACCAGAGAGAGGUGUUCCUCUUCAACGACCUGCUCGUGGUCACCAAGAUCUUCCAGAAGAAGAAGACGUCAGUGACCUACAGCUUCAGGCAGUCCUUCCCCCUGGUGGAGAUGCAGGUCCACAUGUUCCAGAACUCCUACUACCCUCAUGGUGUGCGACUGACGUCUGCUAUUCCGGGCGGGGAGAGGAAGGUCCUGAUCGUGUUCGGGGCCCCGAGUCAGCAGGACCGCACGCGCUUCGUCAGCGACCUGAGAGAGAGCAUCGCAGAGGUGCAGGAGAUGGAGAAGUACAGAGUGGAAUCGGAGUUAGAGAAGCAGAAGGGUGUGAUGCGUCCCAGCCUGAUGACGGGCACCAUGCUGGCAGGGAUGGGAGGGGGAGGGGUGAAGAACGAGGUGGUGAACGGCACCCUGGGAAGGCCCAGCCUGGACGACACCUACGCUCCCACUGAGGGCCUGAAACGCACCGCGCUCAGCUCCUCACUCAGGGACCUCUCUGACGCAGGGAAGCGUGGUCGCAGGAACAGUGUUGGCUCCCUGGACAGCACAAUGGAAGGUUCCAUCAUUAGCAGCCCUCGGCUUCACCAGCGCUACCCCGUAGCCACUGUGCUCCCCAGCAGCUAUGGCCUGGUCCUGGACGACUACCGGCCGCACCGCCCCAUCCUGAGCCCCGGAGUAGUAGGGGUGGGGGGUGGCCCGGGGCAGCAGAACAACACCACGCAGCAGCACACGCAGCAGCACACCAUGACGAUGGCGAUGGCUGGGGGGGGACCUCCUGGAGGAGGUGGUCCAGCCUGCAACAGCGGCACCAUGGGGGGGAUGGGGGGCAUAGGGGUGGGGAUGUUGGGCUCAUCAGGGGCGGUGGCACCCUCCUCCAUGAUGGGGGCGGCGACCCAGCAGCAGCAGCAGCAGCAGCAGCAGCAGCAGGGCAGCAGUGGUGGCGGUGGCGGGAGCAGCAGCAGCAGCAGUCCUGGGCUGGCCAGCGCCGGGUCCUUCCUGGGCUCCCUGUUUGGGGGGAGGAGGGCCAAGGCGGUGGCGCCGCCCGCGCCCAUCAUCCCCCCGCCGGGGCCACCCUACCCUGCCCCGGGGCCCCCUCCGCCGGGGCCGGGGGGAUCCUCUACUACCGCAGGGGGGGGCCCUCUGCCGCCUCCUCAGUCCCCCAUGUCGCCCACGGCGCUGGAUGGGGCGGCUCCCUCCAAGAUCCAGGCGCUGCACGCGCAGUUCUGUCACGCCAAUGUGGUUGGCCAGCCGCCGCCGCCCCCCUACUACCACCACCAUCACCGCUACCACAUGCAGACCGUGCCCUCGCCUGCUGGGGGCAUCCCGCCGCCCCUGGGGCCGCUACACUACGCCACGCACACGUACACGCACCCGCACCACACGCACACGCUUGGCCACACGCCGCACCACGCGCACCACCACACCACCUUGCAGCGUGUCACGCUGCCGCGCCGCCCCCUCUCCAACCCCGCCUCCUCACACGGCCCGUAUCCGCCGCCGCUCUCCCAGCAUGCUUUGCAGCAGCAACAGCAGCAGCAGCAGCAGGGUCGCUACGUGGUGGGCAACAGCGGGGGGGUUGGCAUGGGGGCGAUGUCAACGAGCUGCCCCCCUCCCCCACUUUCUCCUCACUCCCCUCUCUCGCACCACCUGCCCCACUUUGCGCUCUUCCACACGGCGGCGCCGGGUCUUCCCGCACUCUCGGCAGCCACGGCCGCGGCAGUGGCCAGAGGGCAGGGCUUGCUGGGCGGGGGGGCGUGUGGGGUGGGGGGGCCCCUCGGGGGGCAACAGCAGGCCGGCUGCCCCCCCACCCUCACUGGCACCAAGCUGCCGCUGACCCUUUCCCAUUCGCACCCCCACCCGUACCCGCACGCACACUCCCACACCCACCACGUGCCCACGCCGCACCCCGGCACGCACCCCGCGCACCAGCCACACUUCGUGUUCGGCACGCCUCCCCCGCUUCCGCCGCUGCCGCCCUUGCCGCCCUUACCCAUCAUGCCCCUCAUGCCGCUCAUGCCGCCGACCCUCUCGCAGGCGCCGUGCUCCGGCUCCGCCACUGCCCACCACGCGCCCCCGGCCGGCCCGUAUCUGCCCCAGUACCCACCGCUGUCCUCAAUCCCCCCCCCUCCUCCCCUCUCCCCUUUACCCCCCCCUUCCUCCCCCCUUACCCCCAUUUCCCCUCUGUCCCCGCUGCCGCCGCCGCACCCCGCCCAGCCACCUCCCGCUCCUCCUCCUCCUCCCCAGCAGCCCGCCCCGCCCCCGCCCAAUGCCACUGGGGGGGCGCCGCCCAUGCCCCCGGGCCCGCCGGGUACCAACACCGGGACUAUUGGCAGCAACAAGGGGGGGUCCAAGGGGUCCAACCGGAUCAGCACCGUGGUGUGAGCCAGCAGCACGGCGGGCAGGUGGUGCGGUGGCGGCCCGCGGACGGUCAAGGUCAAGGUCAGGGUCAGGGUCAAGGUCAGGUGGCGAC